GUAUCCUUAAUAAUAUCUAACUUCAGUUAGUAAACCUGACACUUGAUAUCAGCUGUUAUUAGUUUGAAAAUACGUCAAAAUGAGCGGUUCAAAGAGAUGGAUUGCUUUCAAUUUCGACCAGAAAGAGACAAAGGAUGCUCCAAAGAAGAUUAAAAAACCAGUGGCAACUAAAUCAGUUGUUGCUGUACCUAAUGAGAAAUUAAAAUCUUUCAAGUUCUUUGACAAAAUAGAUCCUAAGAAUAUUGAAGAUCUAGCUGUCCAUGCAAAGAAAAUUAAAGAAGUGGAAGAAUGGUUGGAUGCUAAUGUAAUCAAUCCUACAACUAAGGUAAAUGUACCUAUGCUGUUAUUAACAGGACCAACAGGAGCUGGAAAAACAACAGUUGUUAAGGUUUUAUGUCAAUGCAAAAACAUUGAUAUUCAGGAAUGGAUUAAUCCUAUUGACAAGGAUUUUGAAACAUUCAAAGGACCUGGACAGAGUGUUAGGCUACAAGAGUUUUUAACAGAGUCCAAGUUUCCAUCUUUACUAACAAAAGCAUCAACAAAGAAGAAAGUCACUUUAAUUGAAGACUUUCCAAACACUUUAUUGAAAAAUACAAAUGAGUUUGAAGGAAUAUUGGAUAACUGCUUGGCUAAUGGAAAAACGUGUCUGAUUUUUAUUUGCACUGAAGUUCAUAAUAACAAAGUUGAUAUUGCCAAGAAUCUCUUCACUGAAGAAAUUAAAGACAAAUUUAAUAUUUGCAAUAUUAACUUCAAUUCAUGUUCGGUUACUUUAUUGAAAAACGCACUAAAUAGGGCACAAAAUAUUGUUAAAGAAAACUUGGAUAUCCUGAAGCUACCGCGACCUAAAAUCAUCGAAGCUAUUAUUGCAACAGCUAUGGGCGACAUUCGAUGUGCAGUAAACCAAUACUACUUUGCAUCUUUGAAAGGUGCAAGCGAGAUUCCUCUAGAAUUAAGUAAAUUGGAGAAAACAGGUCAAAAACGCAAAAGAGUCGACAAGAACUCCAAAGUAAAAUCGAUGAACAAGGAUGAGGCUCUAGGACUAUUCCACGGUUUGGGUAAAGUUUUUAACCCAAAACGCGACGACAAUAACAAAGUCCAAUGCGAUUUCGAUGCGUUAGUAGAUGAAUUCUCGACGGUUCCAAACAUUUUCAACGCGUUCUUAUUCGAGAAUUACACAAAAUACUUUGGAGAUAUUAAUGAUAUUUUUGAAGCUGCGGAUACACUGAGCUUUAGCCAAACGUUCAUGGACAAAUGGAGCGAAAGACACGACACUCUAAUAAUUCCAUUAUGGAUAAGCGUGCUGGGAUUAAUGAUUUCGAACAAACACAGGGUUUCGAAAUGGAUUCCAAUCAACGGUCCAAAGAAAAUCGAUAUAAAGUCAAGAAACAAUUUAGAAAUGCGCCAUUUAGCUGUAGGAGAUCAAAGUUAUUAUAAUUUGAUAACCAAAAGUGAAAAGUAUCAUAAGUUUAAAUACCUGAGGUAGAUAAUUUCAAUAAAUUUUAUUAAUACAAAUACUAGUAACAA